AUGGCACCCCCGGAAAAGGAUGAUGCUGGCCGCAAGAAGAAGGAAUCCAUUGUUGACCUCUCGAGAUUUAUCGACAAGAAGGUGCGCGUCAAGUUUCAGGGAGGGAGAGAAGCCAUGGGCACGCUGAAGGGAUACGAUGCGCUACUUAAUCUUGUGCUAGACGACGCGAUUGAAUAUCUACGUGAUGCUCCAGACAGUGAAAGGGUGACUGAAGAUACACGAUCGCUGGGCCUUAUUGUUGGCCGCGGGACCGCCAUCACGAUCAUCGCACCCGCCGACGGAAUGGAACAAAUCGCCAACCCCUUCGCAAAUCCUGAUGCAGAAGAA